UUUUACGUAGAAAAAACAAACAAACAUUGUUAUAACAAUGGGGAGGUGUGGUACAAUGAAAGCAUUGCUGACAACAAUGGUAAUGCUUGUAUGGUGUAGUGUAUUAGUAAUUGUAUUUAAUAAUAAUAUAAUAAUUGGUGUAAACACAGAACCAUUAUCACAAUCACCAACAAAUAAUGAUAUACAAAUACAAUUAGGUGAAAUAAUAACACCACAAUUACGGCAAUGUCCUCGUGUAUGUGUUUGUUCUGGUUUACAUGUGGAUUGUUCACAUCGUGGUCUAACACAAGUACCAAGGAACUUACCUAAAGAAGCUGAACGAAUUGAUCUGCAGGGGAACAACAUCACUGUUAUAUUCGAUAUGGACUUUGAAGAUAUGGUGAAAUUACGAAUGUUACUUUUAGCCGAUAAUCAAAUACAUACCAUUGAACGAGAUGCGUUUCGAGAUUUAACAUCAUUAGAAAGAUUACGAAUCAGUAAUAAUCAUUUACGGCACAUAUCUGACAAUUUAUUUGGGACCAUGACACAUUUAGUCAGAUUAGAUCUCAGUUAUAAUUUUAUCAGCGUGAUUGGUCAUAAAACUCUACGGGGAAUCCCCAGCCUACAAUAUUUGCAAUUGGAUCACAAUCAAAUUACAUGUAUUGAUGAUAAAGCUUUAAAAGAUCUCAAAGAUAUGGAAGUUUUGACACUAAAUAAAAAUAAUUUAACUACAUUAGGAAAAGACAUGUUUAGUAAUAUGUUUCGAUUACGAACAUUACGAUUAUCUGAAAAUAAUUUAAUAUGCGAUUGUCAUCUGGCAUGGCUGGCACGAUGGUUACAUCAUUUUCGAAAUCGCGCCUUAUAUCCACGAUGUUUUUCACCGACACAUUUAAAAGGGCAAAAUAUUGCUGAUUUAGCUGAAAAGGAUUUUAAAUGCUCCGGAUUAAUUGUUCGAGCUGGAUUCGGUGAAUGCGAUGUUGGUGAACCACAAUGUCCACAUCCAUGUAGUUGUGCAGAUGGUAUUGUUGAUUGUCGAGAGAAAGCAUUAGCUAAAGUUCCCGAUCGUUUUCCAGAGGCUACAAUUGAAAUGCGAUUGGAACAAAAUGAAAUAACAGAAGUACCACCAAAAGCAUUCAGCACAUAUAAAAGAUUACGUAGAAUUGAUUUAAGUAAUAAUAAAAUUACAAAAUUAGCUGGUGAUGCUUUCUUAGGAUUAAAUUCAUUGGUUUCACUUGUUCUAUAUGGGAAUAAAAUUAAAGAGCUACCAGCAGGUGUAUUUCAUGGUUUAACAUCGUUACAAUUACUGUUGUUAAAUGCAAAUGAAAUUUCUUGUGUCCGCCGAGAUACAUUCAAGGAUUUACAUUCCGUGAGUUUACUAUCUUUAUAUGAUAACAACAUACAGUCGUUAGCGAAAGGAACAUUUGAUUCAAUGAAAAAAAUUCAAACAUUGCAUUUGGCACGGAAUCCAUUCAUAUGUGAUUGUAAUUUACGCUGGUUGGGCGAAUAUUUACAUCAUAAUCCAAUUGAAACAUCUGGUGCACGAUGUGAUUCACCAAAACGUAUGCAACGUCGUCGAAUCGAUUCAUUGAAAGAUGAAAAGUUUAAAUGUAAGGGUCAAGAAGAUUAUCGUACACGGUACGCAGGUGAAUGUUUAGCAAAUAGUGAAUGUCCUGAGGGAUGUUCAUGCGAGGGUACCGUUGUUGAUUGUUCAGCACGUGGGUUAGUGGAAAUUCCUCGUGAUAUUCCAUUAUAUACGACAGACUUAUUAUUAAACGACAAUUUACUGGGACGAAUCAAAUCUGAUGGUUUAUUUGGCCGCCUUCCAAAUUUGUUAAAACUCGAUUUACGUCGAAAUAAAAUUACUGGUAUUGAAGAAAAUGCAUUUGAAGGAGCAUCAAAGAUUACAGAAUUAUUAUUAUCAGAAAAUCGUUUGAUGGAAAUACAUAAUAAAAUGUUUCUUGGUUUACACAGUUUAAAAAUAUUAUCACUUUAUGAUAACAUGAUUACUUGCGUAAUGCCUGGAUCGUUUGAUUAUUUAACAUCAUUACAUACAUUAAAUCUUGUUCAAAAUCCAUUUGCUUGUAAUUGCCAUCUAGCAUGGUUCUCAGAAUGGUUACGUGGUAAAGGAUUGAGUGGUUCAACGCCUCGAUGUGAAACACCAUUAAAAUUAAAAGACAUUCCAAUUAAAGAUAUUCCCCAGCAUGAUUUUAAAUGUACAAGUGAUAACGAUCAAGGAUGUUUAGGAGAAAAUUAUUGUCCACCAAAAUGUUCAUGUACUGGAACAGUGGUACGAUGUUCCCAUGCAAAAUUACAAGAAAUACCACGUGGGAUACCACAAGAAACGUCAGAAUUGUAUUUGGAUCAAAAUGAAAUUCAAUCUAUUCAGCUGGAUCGAAUUUCACAUCUAAAAUCUUUAACCAGAUUGGAUUUAAGCAACAACAAAAUACGAAUUUUAUCAAAUUAUACAUUUGCGAAUUUAUCGAAAUUAUCAACGCUAAUAAUAAGCUACAAUAAUUUGCAAUGUGUCCAGAAAAAUGCAUUAAUUGGAUUAAAAUCUCUUCGAAUAAUAUCUUUACACGGUAACCAAAUUUCGAUGAUACCCGACGGAACAUUUUCCGAGUUAAAAUCUAUUUCACAUUUGGCUCUCGGAGACAAUCCUUUAUACUGUGAUUGUUCACUUCAUUGGUUAUCCGAAUGGAUAAAAGAUAAUUACUUCGAACCGGGUAUUGCAAGGUGUGCAGAACCACCAUUAAUGCGCGACAAAGUACUACUUUCGACGCCAUCAUCUUUUUUCCAGUGCUCUGAACCAGUUAGCAACGAAAUUCUAGCAAAAUGUGAUGCUUGCUACGAAAUGCCAUGCAUGAAUAACGGAGAAUGUGUACCAUUACCCGAUAGACAAUAUCAGUGUCGAUGUGCACCAGGAUAUCAUGGUGAAAAUUGCCAAUUUAUGAUAGAUGCAUGCUAUGGAAAUCCAUGUCGAAACGAUGGUAUAUGUAAAGUACUCGAAGAAGGUCGUUUUAGUUGUGAAUGUACGCCAGGAUUUACAGGCGCACGAUGUGAAACGAAUAUCGAUGAUUGCAUUAACAAUAAUUGUAAAAAUAAUGCCACUUGUAUCGAUGAAAUCCAAUCUUAUCAAUGCCAAUGUUUACCUGGAUUUAUGGGCGAAUAUUGUGAAACAAAAAUACCAUUUUGUACCAAAGAAUAUAAUCCAUGCAUGAACGGAGCUCGAUGUAUCAAUCAUUUCACCACAUACUCCUGUGAAUGUUUACCGGGAUUCAAAGGAGACAACUGCACGAUCAAUAUUGACGACUGUGUGAACAAUAUGUGUCAAAAUGGUGCAACAUGUGUGGACGGAAUUAACGAUUAUGUGUGCAAAUGUUCCGGAGACUAUACUGGCAAAUUUUGUGAAGUCACACCAAUGGUUGCAAUGAUGUAUCCACAAACAUCACCAUGUCAACAUCAUGAUUGUGUCCAUGGCGUAUGUUUCCAACCAUCUGGCUCCAAUGAUUAUUUAUGUAAAUGUGCUCCGGGAUAUUCGGGGAAAAAAUGCGAAUAUCUUACGAGUUUAAGUUUUGUACAUAAUAAUUCAUUUGUACAAUUGGAACCAUUAGAAACAAAACCCGAGGCGAAUGUUACGAUUAUUUUCGCGACAACACAAGAAAACGGUGUUUUACUGUAUGAUGGCAGGCAAGAACAUUUAGCUGUGGAAUUGUUUAAUGGUCGAAUACGUGUUAGUUACGAUGUGGGUAAUUAUCCUGUCUCGACAAUGUAUAGUUUCGAAAUGGUGUCCGAUGGACAAUAUCACAUUGCUGAAUUACUUGCAAUUAAAAAGAAUUUUACGUUGAGAGUUGAUCGAGGACUUGCCCGCUCAAUUAUAAAUGAAGGUUCAAAAGAUUAUCUACGUUUGUCUACUCCAAUGUUUUUAGGUGGAAUAGCUCCUGAACCAGGGCAAGAAGCUUUUACUCAAUGGCAUUUAAGAAAUUUAACGAGCUUUAACGGUUGUAUGAGAGAAGUAUGGAUCAAUCACAAAAUGGUCGAUUUUGAAAAUGCAAAAAUACGCCAAAAAGUAACACCUGGUUGCGCAUUGUUAGACAGUGAAAUUGAAGGUAGAAUGGUUCCAGAACAAGAAAUGAUGGAAGCGGAAGCUAGUGCUUCACCACCUCCUCCAAUUGUGGAUCCUUGUGUGUCAGGUAGUCAUCAAUGUGCCCGUGGAAGUAAAUGUAUACCAUCGACAAAGAAAACUGGUGAUUAUACUUGUAAAUGUCGACCAGGGUUUACGGGGAAAUAUUGCGACCAAGGUGAGGACGCGUCUGACGACGAUGAUAAGUACAGUGACAUAGCCCCCACGUGUAGAAAAGAACAAAUACGUGAAUAUUAUUCAGAAAAUGGUUGCCGAUCAAGAAAACCCGUUAAAAUGGCAAAAUGUGUUGGUAGCUGUGGGACAAGUUGUUGUCAUACAAUGAAAAGUAAACGACGAAAAGUUCGUUUAAUAUGUAAUGAUGGUACACGAUAUACAAAAGAUGUAGACAUUGUCCGAAAAUGUGCAUGUACAAAAAAAUGCUACUGACUGACAAAUGUCG